AUGAAGAAUACCGUCUUGAAUGAGCACAAUCAAAAAUUAGAGUGGAUUGUUGGAAAAUGGAGAUCGGAAUUCUCAGGAAAGAUUUUCUGGCCAACAGUGCCAACAAUGACAUUCGGUGAAGAACUGGUCAUCAACGAGGCGCCAAUUGCCAAAUCGGCCAAUGUACAAUUCUUAAACUUCUCAGCUCGUGCCUGGUCUCAUUCCACCAAAGAUCAUUUUCAUGACGAGUGGGGAUUCUUGACUGUGGACCCAGUUGGAAAUGCUACAUUGAUGACAACAGGAAAUAAUGGAUUCACCACAUACGAAACUGGUACUGUCUCGCCAAACAAACUGGUUCUCACGUUAAAGGAUAUUGGACGCAUUUCAUUCUCCCGAGAUUUGCCAGUGGAAGAUUUGCGAAGAACGUUCAUCCGUCACGACGAUAGAUAUAUGGAGCAAGUGAUUGAGAUGAGAACGGCGACUCAUCCAAAAGUUGGAUAUCUUGAACAUACAAGAGUGGUGUAUACAAAACUGAAGUAA